CAACCCUCGAGACUUGCUCACAUUGUUUGCCGUACGCUAUGAGCCGUUGUUCCAGGUCCAUCGAACCUCAAGUUUCACGAUCUCGCUGCCAUUAAGCUCCGUCCGCUUCCUGCGAAGCUCCACUCCGUUUCAGUAUACCCUGUAUCUACCAUCUUGCCCACAGUAAUCUCUAUAUAUCGCCAAUCUGGUGUGGGGAUGGAUCCUCGUUUUCCGGCCACGCGCGAGGAGCUUUACAAUGUCCAAAUGGACGUCAAACAAAUACACAUUGUACAGAAUAACCAUGCCGACAGACUCUCCCGCUUAGAGAAGCGACAAGCCGAUGAUGCCGCCAUCAAGUCAGUUUGGAACUCUCCAUUCCCAAGCGCUCUGAGUGGCACUCCGCAGCAUGGCCCGAUACAAAUGCCUCCAAACGAGAUAUUUGACGACUUCGAAGAACAAGGCCAGAAUCUCCUGGGCAGCCUACACCUUGACGCCGAAGAUGAACCAACAAGACGGGGUGCCGCUUCUAGAGCCAACAGCGUCCGUUUCGAUGAAAGUGCCUUGCAAAGCGCCAGCUGGGCACAGAACGGUCGGCAAUCGGGGGAUUUCGGUCCCAUACGACCUGGUAGCGGAUUAGGUACCCAUGGAAUGAUGGAACGUUCACUAUCACAUAAGUCGGAUGGCAGACACAGCUCAGCCGGCCACUCGGUGCAUUCAAUCCACUCCCACCACUCGGUCGCUUCUGGCCGGGGAAGUAGUCUAGGUCUGGAUACAACCUUUACACCUGGUGGCCAGGAAGAAGAUUCUCCGGUGGGCAUUCCAGAACCACCGCCGAGCUUUUACGUUCUCGGCUCGGUUCCGUCGAUCGUUAGGUGCUGGCUGACGCCCAACUUUUCUCACGACACUCUCCUGUAUGCAGAUAUAUGUACCGGAUCACAAAAGUCUAUGAUAGAGUUCUCCUUGGUUAAAGACUUGGACUUGGUAGAUGAUAUCCACCGAGAUUUGGACGGAGUCUACCGCAUUCGACUGCAUGUGUAUCUCACAGAAGCAACUGUGGCCCAUUCUAAUCCGCGAGGCCUUAGUCCUGCACCCCAAAUGCCAAGCAUGGGUUGCACGUUCGAAAUAGCUGGUAUGGAUCAGCCCGACAUUCCAGACGCAAAGAGGGUAAUCCGCAUUUUCAUUGGGAGCGAAACUUUGAGAGAACACUCGGCGGACGUUCUUUUCUCACAGAAUCGAAUGACUCUGUACAGCGGCGAUCGCGAAAAGUUGUCGGUGCCAUUCGUACGCCCGGAAGACCAUGGGGCUUUUAAAAACAUUCGUACCAUGGCUAUUUACACCGAAAAGCCCAAAUUGAACGCUACAGCGCGCCCGUUCAUUCUUGGCGAGACCAAAACGCCACUGGCCAGUAAUGUAACUUCCGACUCAAUGCCCGUUAAAUCGGCUCAAGACGGGCCAGAGCCCCAAGAAGCAAACACACCCAAUUCAGAGCAAGCAAAUCAGCAAGCUAUAACCGCAGACAAUAGUACCGUAUCUGAAAGUGGAGGCGAGAGCGAGAAACUAUCUAAAGAGAACGGCUUGCACGAACACGUAGGCAUUCAAGAUAGAGAGCCUCAAACCCAAGCUCCGGAUACCUCGAUUGAUGGGGCUCGUCGCGCAUCAGGACCAAGCAGUAUUUGGAACUCAUGGCGCCAAGGAACAGCUACCAAUGGUGGCGAUCAAAAAGACAGCACGCCUUUGAGCGGAUACCAACCGGCGGGACGCGGUCGCAACAUGAAGGUUCUCAAGCCGAUGAAGCCAUCGUCGUCGUCAACUUCAACUCGGACGGGAGCGUCCUAUGAGCCGGCACCGCUGGCUAGGAGCAGUGGCGAGCUACGACGGAAGAGUCAAGGGGUAGCAGAGGGGAGUGCUAGUAACGCAAUCCGCUGGGAGCAGAAGAGGACAUCAAUUAGCGGAGCAGAGUCCAAGGCAGUUCCAAUAACCCGGGAAGCUCGGAGUGUAUCCAGUACACCUCGGACAUCGACCAAUCCAGUUGGCGGAGCAUCGGCUUUUUCGUGGAUGACACCGUCAAGCAAGCCUAAGACUCCGACAACAGCACCUGACUAAUCCAUUUGGUACGCGACAAGACCAAUUGUUUGUAGCUUUGGGCCAGUGCUGUUCAGCCUCGCCCCAUCAAUUUUGAUGGCUUCUCCUAGCUAGCAAUAUUUGAGUUUAGAAAAAAAUUCGAAAAUUUAUUAAAAAGUAUGCAUUCGCCGAGGGGUGACACAUUGAAACCUGAUAAUUCAAGUCGCCGCGUAUUAUAUAUAUAUGUUCGUGCCUUCAUCAAUCAUCUCCGUUUCUCGGCUACAUGCAAGACCGGGCAUGAUGUAACUGCAGAUGGCGCUAACUAAUACAGAUAGA